CUGAUGCGGCUGCCCCGCGGCUGCUCCCGGUUGGCCGCCGGUAGCGCGGCCCCGGAGGGACACCGGGAAGCGACACCGGGGGGACACCGGGAAGGGAACCCGGGGGGACACCGAGGAGCGGCACCGGGGGGACACCGAGGAGCGGCCCCGGUGCUGGCGGCGCUGCUCGGGCUCGGAGUCGUUGUGGCCUACGGAGAGCGGCGGCGGAGGACCGCCCAGGCCGCCCAGGCCGCCCCCGCCCCGCCGUUCCCCCGUUACACGCGGGCGGAGGUGGCGCAGCACCGCACCCCGGCGGAUCGCGUGUGGGUCACCUACGGCACCGACGUGUUCGACGUUACCGAAUUCGUGGAGCUGCACCCGGGGGGACCGGACAAGAUCCUGCUGGCGGCCGGCGGGGCCCUGGAGCCUUUCUGGGCUCUCUACGCCGUGCACAGCCAGCCCCACGUCCUGGAGCUGCUCCGCGACUACAAAGUGGGCGAGCUGAGCCCCGAGGAGGCGGCGCCGCCGCCGGCGGACAGCGCGGACCCGUUCGCCGGGGACCCCCCGCGCCACCCCGCGCUGCGGGUGAACAGCUUGAAGCCUUUCAACGCCGAGCCGCCCCCGGAGCUGCUCACGCAGAGCUUCCUGACGCCCAACGAGCUCUUCUUCACCCGCAACCACCUCCCGGUGCCCGCCGUGGAACCGGCGUCCUACCGGCUGCGCGUGGAGGGGCCCGGCGGCCGCGCGUUGUCGCUGUCGCUGUCGGAGCUGCGGCGGCGCUUCCCGAAGCACGAGGUGACGGCCACGCUGCAGUGCGCCGGUAACCGGAGGUCCGAGAUGAGCCGGGUCCGCCCGGUCAAAGGGCUGGCGUGGGAUAUCGGUGCCAUCAGCACGGCGCGCUGGGGCGGGGCGCGGCUCCGGGACGUGCUGCUGGCCGCCGGUGUCCGCGACGGCGCCGAGAACGGCGAGUGGCACGUGUGCUUCGAAGGGCUGGACGCGGACGCUUCGGGGACGCCGUACGGAGCGUCCAUCCCGUUAAAACGGGCGCUGAGCGCCGACGCCGAGGUGCUGCUGGCGUACGAGAUGAACGGGCGGGAGCUGCCCCGGGAUCACGGCUUCCCGGUGCGCGUGGUGGUGCCCGGCGUGGUCGGGGCGCGGAGCGUGAAGUGGCUGCGGAGCGUGGCGGUGUCGCCCGAGGAGAGCCCGAGCCACUGGCAGCAGAACGACUACAAGGGCUUCUGUCCCUCCGUGGAUUGGGAUUCCGUGGAUUUCCGGGCCGCGCCCGCCAUCCAGGAGCUGCCGGUGCAGUCGGCGAUCACCGAGCCCCGGCCCGGAGCGGCCGUGCCCGCCGGGGAGCUGACGGUGAAGGGAUACGCGUGGAGCGGAGGAGGAAGGGAGGUGGUCAGGGUGGACGUGUCGCUGGACGGGGGCCGGACGUGGCGCGAGGCCGAGCUGGGCCCGCGGCCGGAGCGGGGCCGGGGCUGGGCCUGGGCGCUGUGGGAGCUGCGGGCGCCGGUGCCCGCGGGGGCGCGGCUGGAGAUCGUCUGCAAGGCCGUGGACCGCAGCUACAACGUCCAGCCCGACACCGUGGGGCCCAUCUGGAACCUGAGAGGGGUCCUGAGCAACGCCUGGCACCGCGUCCCCGUCACCGUCACCAAGUGAGGGACAUCCUUGGGGACAUCAGGGUAUUGAGGCUUUGGGGCUUUGGGGACAUUGGGGACAUCAGAGGUACAACCCGACACCGUGGGGCCCAUCUGGAACCUGAGAGGGGUCCUGAGCAACGCCUGGCACCGGGUCAGUGUCACCGUCACCAAGUGAGGGACAUCCUUGGGGACAUCAGGGUAUUGAGGUUUUGGGGUAUUGGGGACAUUGGGGACACAGCAGGGACAUUGGGGACACUGGGGACACCAGGGACAUCAGAGCUACAACGUCCAACCCGACACCGUGGGGCCCAUCUGGAACCUGAGAGGGGUCCUCAGCAAUGCCUGGCACCGGCUCAGUGUCACCGUCACCAAGUGAGGGACACCAGGACAUUGGGGACAUCGGGGACACAGCAGGGACGUUGGGGACAUCAGAGGUACGACAUCCAACCCGACACCGUGGGGCCCAUCUGGAACCUCAGAGGGGUCCUGAGCAACGCCUGGCACCACGUCACCGUCACCAAGUGAGGGACACCAGGACAUUGGGGUAUUGGGGCUUUGGGGACAUUGGGGACACAGCAGGGACAUUGGGGACACUGGGGACAGACACCAGGGACAUCAGAGCUACAACGUCCAACCCGACACCGUGGGGCCCAUCUGGAACCUGCUCAGCAACGCCUGGCACCGGGUCAGUGUCACCGUCACCAAGUGAAGGACAUUGGGGUGUUGGGGACAUUGGGGUAUUGGGGACAUCG